AUGAGCUCAAUUCGGGAAGGCGAGACAGAGGAGGAGAGAAUCCACACACAAACCCUCCAGGAUGAGGGACUUGCCACAGAGGGAAGGAUUCCAGAGGACCACGUGUCGGAAGAGCGCAUGCCAGAGGAUCGAAUGCAAGAUGAUCGUAUGCCAGAUGAUGGGAUGACUGACGGUCGCAUGCCGGAUGAGAGAAUGCAGAGCUAUCCAUCACCCACGGUCGAUGCUCAGGAUGCUGGCCCAUACUAUCACUCAGCUUCCAGAGACGAUUCUCAACAGGAACCUCCUCCCCCGCCCACGCCCCAGCAGCAGCCGCCUCACUCCGCCAGCGUCGAAGAGCUGCAGCUGGCUGCUCAGCUCGGCCAGGAUCUGGCCGCCGAGCCCAUGAUGCACGUCACAGAUCCUAGCAUGGAUGUCGAAGACCCCAAUCUACGGAGCAUCAUGCCACACCCUGAGCAGCCUCAGCACCAGCCUCCUCCCCGACCCUAUGUGCCCGAGGAAACCUUACCGGACUCCCUUCCUCAGCAUGUUUCUGUUCCUGUUCCAAUGGAUCACCACCACCUAUCCCAGACCUAUGCUCUAGGAGACAGCACUCCCCCAAGGAAGCGAUCCAAAGUGUCUCGUGCUUGCGACGAAUGCAGGAGAAAGAAAGUCAAGUGUGAUGCCCAGUCGGACUCUGGAGAAAACCCAUGCUCAAACUGCAAGCGGUCUGGAAUUCGUUGCCUGUUCAGCCGUGUCCCUCAGAAACGCGGUCCUAGCAAGGGCUAUAUCAAAGAGUUAGCCGACAGGAUCAACAGUAUUGAGGGCAAGCUGGAGAUCCAAAGUCCUGGCGAAGAUGUUAGCCGGAAGCGGCCCUUCUCGAGUAUCUCCAGUGCGGACUUGUCCACUCCAGCACCCACGAGACAGACUGCCUGGGGUGCUGAGCAUCGUCCUCUUCAACCUAUGGCAACUCCGUCCGACAAAUACCAGUCCUCUCCCUUUUCCACCAAUGGCCUGGCUCCCCAGCCUCUACCCAUUAAGAAUGACAUGCAGCCGCGGCCGCCGGUGGCUCCGAUGGACGGUCCUGUUGCCGACUUGCCCGACAUUGAUCAGCCGCGCGACGUAGAUGACGCCGUAUUUGAUGGGUAUAUCAACAUCAUUCAUCCUUAUCUUCCAAUCCUCCCAGGCAGCAGAGCUCUCAUCCAGGAUUACCUGGCACAGUGUCCUGGCCUUCUUCGCGAAGCGUUUGUCGAAGCUCUUUCCGGUACCAUGCACUCGUACCCGACUUUCCAAUCUGGAAACCCAGGCGAUGUCCGGCUUGCCCACACCCUGCUUGUUGAAUGGGAGGCCGGCGACUCGGCAUCGCGCAGCCCUGCAGCUAACAUUGUCUUCCUCCAAACACUGCUUCUCAUGGUCAUUGAAGCGGACAAUCGGCAACUGGGUUCCAUCGGUGCGCCUAAGGAGUCGCUCCUAGGUAGAGCAGUAGCAGGUGCCAAUGCUCUGAAAUUGUACCAGUCCAAGUUGGAGCCAUCCGAAGCUGAAUUUGGAGUGGACACGGACAGCCAACUCCGAGUCAGAAUUUGGUGGUCACUUGUCCUUCUUGAUCGAUGGCACGCAGUGGGAACAGCAGUUCCCUGUCUGAUUAGAGACGAGAGUGUUGUGGUGGUCCCUGGCCUGAAAGCAAUUGUGGGCGAAGUGCCGCUUCUUUUGAUCCGGGCCUCUAAGUUUCUGGGCCGUGCCUCGGUGAUGAUUGCAAACUUUCAAGAACCAUUGAACCCAUCUUUCGGAGACCGAAUGAUUGGUUCGUUCAUGGACGCAUGGGUUGAGGACUUCCGUGAGGAUUUGCCGCCUCACAUCGAGGCAGGCACGUAUCCUGUGGUUCAUCUUGUCUACUGGCACUGCCGGCUGCUGGCCUAUCUUCUCAACCCAUCCGCUAAGUCAGCGGACGCUCUGUGGCCCUGCCAAGAAACAAUUAGUCUCCUGCUUGGACAGCCGCAGCUCGUCACACCUCUUCACCAUCACUUCACAGUACUCGCAGUACUAAUACUGGUUGAGUUGGCAAAGGGGGACAAGACAAAGGAGGAGGCGACUCGUCUGCUGGGCGACUUUCGAGACUCAUCUCUCCCGACAUCUGUGUUUGAUGGUCUCGUCAGGGACAAGAUCGCCGACCACUUGCGGCCAUCAACAACCGCAAGUACCACUGCAGCUUCUGUCCCAUCGGCAAUGGAAACAGCUGCUAGCCAGGGGCUUCAACAUUUGGCUGAUCUGGCCACUCUUUCCUCGGCAGCUGUGGAAAGGACAGAGGACCCUCCGGCUUAUCGCACGGCUCCAAACUAUGAGGAUAUGGGAUUCGAUCCCCGGCCUGUACUCCUCACCGGCUACCUUAAUGUCGCCCGCGCAGCACAACAGGCAGCUUAG